UUGUCUUAACAGCUAUGUCCAGAGACAGGAUGAUCUUUACUUACUGGCAUCUAUAAAGGAGCAGCACUCUGAGACAAGCUGCUCUUCUCUUGUCUAGCUCUUGUAGCUGUGAGGUUUACGCUUAGAAUCUGUUAAAAUAAAAUGUUGAUCUAAAUACUCUGAACUGAUCUCUUAGAGAGUUUAUUUUCCUGCAGUUUAGUGUGAAAAGGUUGGUGUUCCAGGAUUUCCAGUGAGUCAAGGAGGACUGAUUGCACAUUUUUGCUGUAUUAAAAUGCCAGGGGAAGUUGGAUCCUUCGCUGUGGCCGACUAUUUGGUGUUUGGUGGGAUGCUGGUUCUGUCUGCUGCCAUCGGUGUUUAUAAAGGAUGGACCAGCAGGGACCAAAGUGGUUCCAGACAUUUCCUAACUGGGAACAGGAAACUGACGGCUCUGCCUGUUUCUACAUCCCUCAUCACCACCUUCAUGACAUCCGUCACGCUGCUCACCAACCCAGUGGAGGUGUACAAUUACGGAGGCAUCUUUGUACUCCUGUGUUUCUCCUACACUGUGGCCAUAUUUGUAUCAUCUGAGAUCUUUAUGCCAUUCUUCUAUAGGCUGGGCUUCACAAGCAUCUAUGAGUAUCUGGAGCUGCGUUUCAACAGAACAAUCCGCCUGCUGGGAAUUCUGCUCUUCAUGCUUCAAACAAUGCUCUUCAAUGGAUUGAUCAUUUAUGCUCCAGCUCUUGCUUUAAACCAAGGUGCUGGUGUGGAUCUGUGGGGUGGAAUUAUUUCUACAGCCAUCAUUUGUACUAUUUACUGCACAUUGGGUGGGAUGAAGGCGGUAGUGUGGACUUGUGUGCUCCAGAUUGGAGUGAUGCUUGCAGGCAACCUGUCUGUUAUAAUCAAGGCUGUGAUGCUACAAGGAGGAGUCAGCACUGUCUUGUCAGAUGCCCAGGAAGGAGGAAGAAUGAACUUUUGGGACUUUGAUCCAAACCCUCUGAGGAGACACACUUUUUGGACCCUCACUAUUGGAGGGGUGGCUGGCUGGAGCGGCGUCUACGGGACCAGCCAGGCUCAGGUUCAGACGUACAUCUCCUGCAAGAGCGUCACUCAUGCCAGAGUUGCCAUGUACAUCAACCUGUUGGGCCUGAUGUGCAUCAUGCUAUCCUCAGUGUUUGCUGGAUUUUGCCUUUAUUCAAUCUAUAAGAACUGUGAUCCGCUCACCGCGGGACUGGUUUCUGCCUCUGACCAGAUGAUGCCCUAUUUGGUGAUGGACAUUAUGAAAGGCUACCCAGGCCUUCCUGGACUGUAUUUUGCAGGAGUGUAUAGCGGCACUCUAAGCACAGUUUCAUGCACCAUCAAUUCUCUGACUGCAGUGACUCUGGUGGAUCUGAUCAAACCGUACACAACUCUGUCUACGAAACAUCUGUCCAUCCUGUCCAAAGGGCUGAGUUUGUUUUAUGGGCUUUUAUUCAUUGGCAUGGCUGGACUGGCAUCUCUAAUGGGAGGGAUGAUGGAGGCAGUUGUUAUCGUCUCUGGGAUCAUUCAAGGUCCUAUGUUUGGUGUGUUUACUUUGGGUGUCCUCUGCCCAUUUGUCAACUCCAAAGGAGUCGUGUCAGGCCUUGUUUCUGGGGUUUUGGCGUCGCUGUGUGUGUGCCUCGGGGCUCUCUUUUCCCCUCCCACCCCAGAAAUGACCCGUCCUCUGCCACUGACCACCGCCGGCUGUAACUUCACCACCAGCCCCAACUGGACUUCCACUGCUCCGCCAACACAACCGACCCUAUUUGCCACAACUGUGUCGCACAACAGCAGUGACAUUCAUCAGCUUGCAGAAGGUUGGCAGUCUAUUUCCUACCUUUACUUUGGUAUUGUUGGAACUCUAGCAUGUUUGAUUGUGGGAGUGAUAGUCAGCCUCCUGACAGGAGGCUGGAAUGAGACGGUGGACCCGAAGCUGACUUUCAUGAAAGAAGACGCACUUACUUAUCAACUGUACAAGUUUCUCAAAGACAGCAUCACCAGAAAAAGAAGCAAGUGUGACCAGAAAAAGGACACAAAGACUGAGUUCUGCUUAGACAGCAAAUCAGGCACAUGAAAUGUAGCAGUUUGUUGCAAAAUGUCUGCUUUUUAUGGUCCUGUUUGGCAUAUCUGUGGUAUUUGAAUGUAGCAUUUUGUCUACGUCAAAGAUAUUUUCUCUCUCUUCUGAAAUGGCUUGCAUUCUGUUUAAUUAGUAUCUAGAGCGUGUGAGAGUGAAGUUCUGUGGCCAGGAGAACAAUAUGUGCGCUUUGUUCAGGUUAUGUUUCAACCUGAAACUGGGAAACAGAAGCACUGAAAAACUGCAGGUGAAUAGAGCCAGAUCUAAUCAUUAAGCUCCCCUAGUUAGUUUUUUUUUUUUUACCACAAGACUGUUCUUUUGUUUGUCUUUAAAAAAAAUUACAAGUUUUUAAAAAAUGUUGCGCAUUAAUCUGCAGAGAAGGUGAUAUAUGUCUAAAUAUGCCCUCAUUUGUGUUCAUUUCCAGCUCAGAAAUCUAAACACUGGAUAAAAAAAAAAAGCUUGUUUGUUUUUUUAUAUUAGAGAGCAAUUUUUGCACAGAGGGAGUUUGGGAUAGCUCUUCUCAUCCGUCCAAAAUUCUGAAAAUACUGUCAACGGCCAGCAAAUAAAAGCAUUUUUCAUCAUGUUUUUAGAAAUAUGUUCUAUAAAUCAGAUUGUGAAGGAUAUAUGAACAGAUUUCUCUGUGAAAACCUUGAAAAAGCAAAGAUAAGAAUAAAUCUUAAAAGUCUGCUGUAUGGAAAUACUAUGAAAGCGGCAAUUUCUGGCUCAUUAUAAGAAAAAGCUCAUUAAAAAACAACGAAAUUAAAAGGUUUCAUAUAAAUUCUACACAUUUUUUAAAAUUGGAAACCUCUAUUUAAACUAAUAGAUGCCACUAUGAAACUUUCCCACCUAAGCACUUAGAUUAAGAUAAGAUAAGAUAAGAUAAAGUUCUUUAUUUCUCCCCACUCCAGGGGAAAUUUACAUUGUUACAGCAGCUUUAUUUACAAUAUAUACAAGGGUGGCAAAAUUUUUUAACAGAAAAAAUAAAAAUAAAGUUUAAAAGUGCAGAGAUGUGCAGUGCAAGAAUGUCAGUGCAAAAUUAAGACAAUUAUUGGUUAAAUUACAUGUUUAAGUUUUAUGUUUAUAUAUAAAAAUGAUCUAUUACAUCAUUAAAUAUGCACUGAUUUGCAUAAAUGUGCACGAGUCAAAAUCUAGUGUAACGGACAAUUAAAGGUGCAUUUUACACGUUUUCUUUUAAUUUGUCAUUGUGGAGGAAAGAGAUGGAGAAUAUUUUUGCCUGUAGUGUCUUGCUUAUUAAUUAUUAAGUCGUACUUUCAAAAACUGCUCUUUAGUUAAGAGUGAUUGUAAUGAUAGCAUCACUUUCACAAAAAUAUCUGCAAUGUGCUUCUGACAGAACAAAGCUCCAUCACCACAUCAAGAGUACAGAAAAAUAAUUGCAAGUACUUGUGUAUAGUUGAUUGAUUAAAAAUGCAUGGACCAGUUAAGUGUAAAAUCAAAAAGUACAAAAAAAUGCAGCAGGUUUGAUAUUGGUUAUUUAUUAUGGCACAAGGCUUCACAGUUUUUUUUAAAAAAUGUACAUUUUUGUAACACUUGUUUUUUUGUGUAAUAGUGCAUUGAAACAUAGUCGUGUACAUUCACUUUUCAAGAAAUUUGACCAUGUAUUCACAAAUGUAUACACUCAAAUAAAUUCCAUAACACAAAUG